AAGCAAUCUUAAAAGCAUUCAAUCCUCCCUCCAUUUCUGCUCCCUUUUCCCUUCCAUCACUUUACCAUGAACCCUUACUCCUUCACCGUCGAUUCCCUCUCCAAAUCCCAGGACCUCGCCGCCGCCAUCCUCGCCUCCUCCACUCCCUCCCAGAUUUCCGCCGCCUGCUCCUCCCUCGACGCCUUCCUCCGCUCCCACUCCCCCGACCAGUCCCGCCACUUCUUCUCCCUCGCCUUCCCCGCCCUCAUCUGCAAGCUCUACGGCUUCGACGACGCCUCCCCCUCUCCUCCUCCUCCUCCUCCUCCGCCUUCUUCCUCCUCCGGUGGUGGCGGCUGGAUCGACGUCGUCCUCCACUCCAACGACGCCGAUCUCGCCGCUAGGGUCUUCGACCUCCUCUCCCCCGAUGGAGUGCUGUUCCAUUUGAUCUCCGCCGUCGAUCGUCAGUCCCUCGUCAAGUACGUUUUCCCUACCGAGCGGCUGCCGGAGUGGGCCCGGCUGGUUCUCUCCGCGGGAAAGGAUUGCCAGGGGUUGAACGCGUUGUGUCCUGUUUUCCAAGGUAAAGUGAGGGAAGCUGGAUCGAGUAAGGGCUCUUCUUCUUCUUCUUCGUCGUCGUAUCAAAUUCAGCUCAAUGUUUUCGAGUAUUUCGUGUAUUGGUUCGCUUACUACCCGAUUUGCAAAGCCAAUAGCGAGAAUUCGAGUGGUGCGAUGAUGUCGGCGACGAAGAGUAAGACGGUGUCGAAAUUGGAGAACUGGGCUUCUUCGAUCCCCAGGCUGUCGCAUGCUAAGCGUGGGAAUGAGCAGAAAUUGGAGUGUAAUCUUUAUGUCAGGCUUUUGUAUGCUUAUUUGCGUGCCUUUGUGCCUGUUCAGGGUAUGGAUACUCACCAGCCUUAUCGUAGCUCGCUUUUGCAUUAUGGUUAUGGAGGAGAUGGUGGCUCUUCCAUGAUGAGAGCAGAGUUUUUUGUUGAUACUUUGGUGCACUAUUGGCUCGUUGAUAAUGAUUUCUCACCACUACCUGUUAAUCUUUGUAAGUCUGUGGGAUUAUCAUUUUCACUGAGGUCAGUACUGGGUGAGACUCCACCAUCGUCUAGUUUGGGUGAGGUAGUCAAGUUGUUGGUUAAGUACUUGAAUUGUAGUGCCCGCGUGGCCCAAGAAGGUGUUGGACGAGUUGAAAAUGCAAAUGGGGGAAGGUUUUCCCCAAGCUCCUUUGAUAUGAAAUCAGGAGAAUUGGUUGCUUCUGUAUAUAAGUCUUCAGAGUUGGUUGGGUCCUGGAACUUGUGCAUUCAAAGACCGCUAUAUCGAUUCAUUCUCAGAACUUUUCUUUUCUGUCCCAUGGGCACUUCGUUAAAGAAUGCAUCUCAGGUGUUCUCUGUUUGGGUUAUGUACAUGGAACCAUGGAAGAUUGCAAUGGAUGAUUUUCUGGAGCUCGAUACGAAUGUUGGUUCUUCUGGGAUAGAUAUGAAUAAGAAAGUUGGACAAAGCAGACAAUGUGGGUAUCAAUCUUCGUGGGAAGGCUAUGUCUUGUCCAAUUACUUGUACUACAGCUCAUUGAUUAUGCAUUUUAUUGGAUUCGCACAUAAGUUUCUUCACACUGAUCCUGUAGUGAUUGCGGAGAUGGUGUUAAAGGUUAUAACAGUAUUGACAUCAAACAAAGAGUUGAUAAAUCUGAUAAAGAAUGUGGAUAAAGUCUUUCAUACCAAACAAGCUGGAUCUGGGAAAGCCAUGCUCAUUAGUUUAUACAAAUAUGUACCCUUAAUCAGAGAUCAGUUGCAGGAUUGGGAGGAUGGUCUGUGUGAGAGUGAUGCUGAUGGAUCUUACUUGCAUGAGAACUGGAACAGAGAUCUGAGGCUCUUUAGUGAUGCAGAAGAUGGAGGACAACAAUUGUUACAGUUGUUUCUAUUACGCGCAGAGUCCGAAUUGCAAGCCAACUCUGGCGUUAAUUUUUCACAAAACCUGGAGCUUAUAGAGUCACUGAAGGAGCAAGUGAGCUGUUUAUUUGGUUGCUAUGCCAUGAGAUCAAUUUCUUUCACACCGGAGAAGAAACAACUGGCAGAGCAUACUCGAGAUGAUAUAUUCACCCCCAGAAAAGUUGGAAAUCACACCUUUGCUGAUGUCAAGUACAAGGGUGACUGGAUGAAGCGUCCAGUAUCUGCAGAUGAGGUUGCAUGGCUUGCAAAUUGGUUUGUCUGCUUGUCGUGUUGGCUAAAUGAGACCCUUGGGUUGGAUCGAGCUGAAAAUGGCGAUGUGAGCUCGAAGUGGUCUUAUGUCGAGGUUUCUAGCUACUCAGCAAAUAUUGAUGGACCUACAGAAACCAUGAAGACUAUGUUGCAUGCUAUCUGCUCAUGGCUCUUAAUACUGGGUGCUACGGUUGUUGGGUUGAUGAGGAAGCAUGGUAUUCGGGUGAAUCUUAGGCCAUUAGCAUUGAAGAAAGUUAUUACAGUUCUGCUCCUGUCCGCUCUUUUUAGUGUUGUGAAGAAGGGUGUUAGAAUGUUUCUGGGAGCAUAGCCUUUAUCGAAGAAACAAGAUAGGGAGAAAUCAGGGGAGAAAGGAGAGUACAGAAGUAAUUAAAAAGUAAAAACUACCGGUGUAGGAAUAGAUGAAUGUUUGCUUAGUUUGUUCAAAGAGGGGGAAACAAAAGGGGAAUGUUUACACAGGAUCAGGAAAUAGUUUUAAAGAAAAGAAGUCAAUUUUCUUCUAUGUUUUGAGGUAUGCUGCUUUAAGGGUUUGUUCGCCUUGCUUUGUAACUAAGGUCUAAUAGUAUGAUAUUGUGCAGCUCUUGAGGGUUUCUCCUUUCUUUUGUUUGCUUACUAUUUUCAGUAAGCUUCUUACCUGAGUCAUGUACAACACCUUUUGUAAUUUUGUUCUGAAUGUGAAUAUAUGUUUCUCAC